UAUGUAUGUAUUUAAUAUAACAUCUCUGUUGAGGUGCUGUCAUUGUGAAAAUAAUCGCUGUGUAAUAAUAAUAUUAAACAAAGAAUAACAGAUUGAAAGUAAGAAAAAUAAAAACGGAAAAUUAUUCAACGAAAUGUCCAGCGACGAAUCAACUUCCACACAACAUUCGAUAGUUUCGAAUCAAGAUGGAACUAAAACACAAUUAAAAUCUCACAAAGCGGAACAAUGGGAAAUAAAUUUAAUUGGCAACUUUGUUCUGGAUUUAUACCAUCGAUCGUUUAUAAACGCCAGAGAUGAGUGGAUGGUUAAGAAAGGCUAUAUACGUAAAGAGUUUUCAAACUUUAUAACAGCUGAGCUAAGCGAAAAAUUAAAGGAACUGAAUGGUACUGCAGAUAUUGGCACACUGUUACAUCGCAGCGGUUUUAUUCUCAAUACACCGAGAGGUAGUAAUUGUUACAAAAUAAAAUAUUCAACAUUAUUUGAAUUUCGCAACAAUAAAUUAAAGGAACUGGAUAAUAAGAAAAUAAAUAGUGAUGUCAUUGAACGAGCACAAAACAUUGUUACAGAUCCCAAAAGUAUGCUAUUGAAUUUAGCGGAAAACAAUUCAAAUAUUUUACUAGAAGAUAAUUUGGAGAUCGAUGAAAAUGAAAUGAAAAUUCCUUUGGAAUAUCAAGGCUCAGCGAUGCAGCUAUGCAAAGAAAAUUUCUUUCCCACUAACAUGAGCUGCUGCAUAUGCCAAGAAGAUUUUUCCACCAUGGAUACAUAUGAAGAGCAUAUACAAAAACACGGUGAUGAAUCAGAUUUUGAAUAUUUAACCACAAUGAGUAAAUUUGAUACCCCCAUAUUUAAAAUGAGCUAUAGCUUGUGUAAAAAUUCACAUUAUUUUUGUUUCGAAUUUGAAACAAUGUUAGAGCAUUUGAUAAUCGAUAAGAUUAUUGUUGUACAAUCGCGUUCAUUGUAUUAUGUGCAUAAUCUGCGUGUACCUUACAAAUUGCCCAAAAAUGGUAAGGAUCGCUUUUUUGUGGAUUCGCAUUUGUUCACCAUACACUUGGAACAACCAAUUGUAUUGAUAUGUCAUAUGGAAAGUUCCAUAGAAACUCGUAUUAUAGAACAGCAUCAUUUUAUGCGCUCCGAGGAAUUUCCCAAAGUGAAUUUUUGCAUUAAUCCAAAUCGUUUGCCGGCUAAUAAAAUUUUCAAAUCAAAAUUCACAUUGCCCGACUAUUUUCCUCCAAAAGAAAUUCAAGAUGCUUUAAAGGAUGACUUCUACUAUGAAAAUUUAAUGAAAACCUCAAGUGAAUUUCGUGAUUAUGUACGCAAUGGCAAGAAAUUGCAGCCCCACAAUUUGGGCGCCUCAAUAAAUAUACUAUUGCAAAUAGAAGAUAUGGACAACAUACGACAAUAUGUUAAUUUAACCCAAAAGAAUAUAAAAUUACGUAGUUAUGGCGAUGAAUAUAGUUUUCAGCUUAAACCCAAACAACGCAUAUUCAUUGAGAAUAUAUUAUCCGCUUUUGAUGAGGUAGUAUUAACAUCACGAACAGAUAUGUUUACAAAGGAGGAAGAUAUACUGAAAUUAAUGCUGCAGAAUUCGGACGAUAUUAGACGUAUGAAGAAAACAUUUGUGGGCCAAAUACAGGCUGUCAAUACGGGACGUAUAAGUUUUAAAUGCUAUCAAAAAAUUAAUAUACAAAAUGCCUAUACAGUUAUAUGCCGACCAUCACGUUUAACUUUUCGUUAUCAGUAUCGUUCGCUGGAAAUGUUACCAGCUGAUAUGCAUUUUCUGAAAAACUUUCUAUUUCCCUCUAAACUAAUAUCCAGACCAUUGUCGACCAUCAGUUUAAGUUUGUACAAUACCAAUAUAAAUGGAGAACAAUUACAAGCGGUGCGUAAUAUAGCCGAAGGUCCACGCAACGAUGCCACUUAUAUAAUAUUUGGUCCACCCGGUACGGGCAAAACGACCACUUUAGUCGAGGCAAUUUUACAACUUUUAAAGAAACCUAACACCAAAAUCUUAGUUACUGCCUCCUCUAACAGUGCCUGCGAUGAAGUUGCUAUACGUUUGUGCAAAUAUUUAAAGGAUUUAGAUAUAGCUCGAGCCAUGGUGCGCAUCUAUUCGCGUUCAAGCGAGCUUCGCAUUGAAACUAUCGAUGAAGAGCUACUGGAAAAUUCCAAUAUGUACAAUGGUCAGUUUUAUCCAGAUAUCGAGAUAUUACAUGAAUAUCGUAUUGUUGUUUGUACGCUGUCUGUUGUAGCCAAAUUGGCUACGGGGAAAUUUGGCCGAGCCGCAGCUGGCAUAACUCUGUACACACAUUUAUUUAUCGAUGAAGUUGCCGCCUCAAUGGAAGCAGAAGCAUUGCAGGGUAUAACCUCAAUUCUAACGGAAAAGUCAUGUUUAAUUAUAUCCGGCGAUCACAAACAAUUGGGACCGGUUUUACAAUCGAAACGAGCCAAAGAAUUGGGUCUUGAUGCAUCGUUAAUGGAUCGUCUAUUGGAGCGCGAUUGUUAUCGGGUCGAUAUCGAUACAGGCAAUUAUGAUCGCACCAUACAGACGCGCUUGGUACGCAACCAUCGUUCUCAUCCGGCAAUUGUCAAUCUAUAUAGUGGUUUAUACUAUAAUCAUACUUUGGAAUCAUUUGCUAAAAAGGAUGAUGUUUCUUUGUGUGAAAUUUGGCACAAGUCGCGUAAUAAGAAUUAUCCUAUAAUAUUCCAUGCUAUAUAUGAACCAUCGCGCUCGGACAACCAAUCGCAUAGUUUAUACAAUCUCCACGAGUUGCACGUAGUAAUGGAUUACGUUAAAGAUCUCAUGUAUUUUGGCAUAAAUGGAAAGCCGGUGAAAGAGAGCGAUAUUGGUAUUAUAUCGCCAUAUAAAAAACAAUAUAAGCGCAUACAAGAAGAGCUAAAUAUACGCAAAUGGUUCAGUAUUGAAACUGGUUCAGUGGAGACAUUUCAGGGUAAAGAAAAGGAUAUCAUAAUUGUAUCAUUUGUACGUUCCGGUACUCGAAAUUUGGGUUUCCUGGAUAGUCCUAGGCGUUUAAAUGUUACUAUAUCGAGACCUAAGUCUCUUUUAAUCAUGGUCGGAAAUCCACAAACUUUAAGUUUAAACAGUGAUUUCGAUUACAUAAUAAAAGAAUGUCAACGCAACAAUACUUUUGUCGGCUCUAAUGGUCCCACACGUGGUGGUGAUUUUAAAAAACAACCAACUGGUAAUGCAUUCAAGUCUGAGGACAAACAACCAACUGGUAAUGCAGUCAAGUCUGAGGAGAAAUUAACAAAUUUAAAUGAAAACAUGAAGGCCCUAAAUAUUGAUAAUAAAGACGAGGAGAAAAAUACUGAAACGUCGGGAAAAAACAUUAAAGCACGAAGACGUCGCGCUUUUGGUAGAGCCGGAGGAAACUCUAAAAAUAGAAAUGAAAAGACAAAUUGGAGAAGUGAAACAAAUGGCGUUAAAAAAGAUGCCGAUAAUAAAGCUGAAAAUGAUGAGGAGGAUGAUGAUGAUGAUGACGACGACGAAGAUGAUGAUGACAGUGUAGACAAUGGAACUGAUAAACCGUCCAGCUCAACAAGUGCAAAGGGCAAUUCACAAAAAGCCAAAAACAAGCGACAACUACAUAACAGAGCCGGAGCAAAAGGCGGUAAAAUUUCCAAACAAUAUGGCAAAGGUAAACAAAAAAAUGUUGCAGAUACUAACAAUAAUAAAAACCUUAACAAAAACAAAAUCGAUACAAUAUUCAAUGAUUUGCCAAAAGUGCCCACAACACUUGCACAAACUGGGGCGAUCUUUACAAAUGAACAACAACUGCAACAUCAACAACAAAAACAAUAUUAUCAAAAUUUACAACGUCAACAACUGCAGCAACAACAACAACAUUACUAUCAGAAUCCCUAUUCGAGUAUGAAUAAUAAUUUGUUUAAUAUGGCGGGAGCUCCUCCUCCAUUACAUCCUCCUUUUAUAGGUCAACAACAGCAACAUUUCAAUUCGCCAGCCUUUAAUCAACCUUUGAACUAUACUUCACCUUUUCAAAAUCAAACUCAUUACAAUAAUGCUAAUAAUGGUUUUCAGAAUAUAAAUGUUCCAAACAAUAAUGCUUUUUCUAUGAACAUUAAUAAACCAGCAGAAAAUAAUUCAAACUCUAAAAAGAAAAAUGAACCUUCGAAAUCUGGCAAGAAACAGGAGCUUAAAACGAAUACCAAUAAUAAUAAUACAAAAUCGGUUAAUAAAAUUAACGUUACGGUUGGAAAUACAAAUAAAAAUAACGUUUCUAAUGCAGUAAAUGCAACAAAAAAAUCUUCAAGGGUUGCCGCUAAUAUACAUGGAAAGGGAAAUAACCCGAAUGAUAAAGCAAAUGUUAACAAGACCAAUACUGGUAGUAGUGCUGUUACUAACAAUUCAAAAAUGACCACUAAUAAGUCUGGCGAUAUUGCAACAUCUACUAAACCACAGCAACGUUCAACUUCCGAAGCCAUAAAUUGGCGUUCCAAAGCUUUGCCAACUACGUCUAGCGGUAAUACAACUAAUUCAGCAAGUGUUGUUAAACCUAUUAAUAUGUCUGGUAAUUUUGGAACGCCUGCUAAAUCACAGCAAGGUUCAAUUUCUCAAGCAUCCGAAGCCAUAAAUUGUCGUUCCAAAGCUACCUCAAGCGGUAAUACAAUUACUACAACUUCUUCUAUUCAUAAUGUCCAGAAACCAAUUAGCACUCCUAAUAUAUAUCCGACAAUAAGAAAAACUACAACCACCACAAGUACAUUGACUGGUAAUCGUGAAAGUUCUUCAGUAAAUUCUUUCGUUUCAUCAUAUAAUAGCAACAAUGUACCAACAACCAGCAGUCGUCCGAUGUUUAGUGCAACUACUACUACGUAUAAUAAUUCAAAUGCGUCGUCAUCUUUGGAUUACAAUAUGGGCAAUUCACGAAAUCUUUCAUUUUCAACUACCCCAACAAGUACUACACAACAUUACGCUCCAUCGGCGCCUUACGUUGAUGAUUAUUCUCGUCAGCCAUCAUUUAAUCGUAAUUUUGAUUCAAGAGCAAACAAACAAAAGAAAGACAGUUCAUGUGUUAUUUCGUAAAGAUAUGUGGGAUUAUGAUUACACAACAACUGUUUUUUUCUUAAUUGUUCUUAUACGUGAAGUUUUUUUUUAAUUUUAAUUUCUAAAGACAAUUUUCUUAUUCGAAUGUGUAUCAUUAAUGUUACUCGUUAAAGAAAAAGAAAACAUAUUGCAUUUCGGGAAAGAAUAAGUCGACGUUAUUUAAUUCUUUGCAAAAGGAAUGCAAUGAAAUCGGGGCAACAAGAAAAACAUUAAAUCGCUAAAACACGUUUUAUAAGUUUUAAAACUAAGAGGGUGGGCGUAUGAGAUGUUUUGAAAAUAGUUUUAAAACUUCUCUAUUAUAAACUGCUGUGAUAAUGAAAAUUUGCUUAGUUCGUUUACUAAAUAGUUUCUACUAAUUUUUUCUAGCUUUUGAAAUUUUCAAUACAAAAACUAAACAAAAUAUUGGAAAAUAGAAAAACUAGCAGGUAGAAGAAUAUGCUGAUUGUUUGUUUUUUGUGUUAAACUUGGAAUUGUUUUGCUAUAGAGUCAAAUAUUUUAUAUUCAGCCCAAUUAUGAAUUAAAAAUUACCCGGGAGUUUUUUUCCCAUUGAAUUUGAAUAGGAAAAAUGGGUAAAGGGAAAAUCUCUCAGAGAAUUUUUAUUCAUAAUUGGGCUGAUUAUGAUGUGUAUAACACAAAAUAUAUGGUCCAGUGAUUUACUACACUUAAGCAAAUUUACAAGACUAUAGCAUAUUUAUUUAUUUUAUUUAUUUUAUUCAUUCAAGUAAUACAAAGCCUUCAAGGCCAAAAUUACAUAUUACUUAGCAAUAAUACCUAAGCAUAGGAAAAAAAAUUAACAAGGUGUUAAAUAUAAAUAAUACAAAUAACUUAUUAAUCUGAAUUUUCUUAUAUAUAACGGUUCCCCAACCGUAAUGUAAAAAUUAAAAAGAAUUUGAAAAAAGUAACAAUAAUUAAAGAAAAAAAACAAACAGUUGAUUUUAAAUCAAAUGUAAUAGUACAUGAUAGCAGUAUAUAGAACAUAGAGCUUAAGCCAAUAAUUUAUCAAAUAAAUAUCUAGGCUGGGUUUGCAACAAUCAAAUCAGAAGUUUGAAAUCAAAUGUUUAAUUUCAAGCCAUACGAUUUAAGCAUACUUAUUCUAUAUAUCUGGCUGUUAGACAUUUGUAAAAACUCUUAAUCGUUGUGCUAAAUUUUUAUCAUUAUUAUUGUGUUUAUAAAACAUGAUAUGAUAAUAUUAAGAAGCCUAAGCUUAAACCAUCACACUUAAUACGUACUCUUGAAGAUCUUUAUUAAUUUAAAGCUGAUACUGUUUUGAUUAUGCUUAACAAUCAUGUUAAAAGUUUGAAAUUAAAAAAUUUAGUUUCAAACGUUUAGAUAUUUUAGAAUAUUCUAUUCUAAAUUAUCAGACUCUUAAGCUGGCAGUAAAAUUUUACGGAAUUUUAUUUGUACAAUAAGUUUAAGUUAAGUUAAACGUUUUAAACUUUCCCAAUUAGUGGAAAAGUUAAGCUGCUUAGCAUUUUAAUUAAACAUAUUUAAUAUUGUUUAAUUAAAAGUGCAAUGGCUUGGGAAACGUUAAGAGUCGUCAUAUUAACAUUCCAAUUGUACAAAAUAGAAACUUUAUUAUCAAUACAUACAUAAAUGAAAUUUAUAAAUUACAAUUUUGAUAAUAAAGUUCUAUUCGAAUGCUAACAAUUGGUGAGAUAUUCAAUAUUAAUAAUGUUUUGAGUUAUCACUACUAAAUGAUUGAAUAUUUUUGAGCAGAUAACAACAAUUUUUUUUUUUUGGUUUUUGUUUGAAUUAGCUGUUUUUGUUUAAAGAGAUAUUUCAGGUCUACAGCUGUGUAGAGUUAGAGUUGGGUAGAUAUUUGUCUUUCACACACAGGAAUUGCAGUCAGUAGGUUGUGAUUUAAAUCAAGAGCUGAGAAUGAAAACAUUAAAAAUGUGUCAUAUACAGAAUUAACAAUUUCAAGGGGGUUCAGUACUAUUCCAGUUGGCUGGCUAUAUGCUGGGGAAUAAUCUUUAACUCAAUUCGAAAAUGAAAAUUAUACGAAUUUGUAAUUCGAAAAUGUUUUUAUUUAUUCGAAUCGAAUUAAAACUUCCAAAUUAUAGUCUGUCUGUUCUAAAUAAGUAGAAUCUGUAUUGAAUUUUUAGUCCAGUCCAAACUUAAUGGUUCUUAAUUUUUUUUGGUUUCAGAUGUACAAACGUACAAGAAGGAUACCAUUUAAAUCCCAUUAAAUGUGUUAAUAUAUACAACUUGCCAAUAUUCAUCAGCUCUACAUGCAAUUAACAAAUUAAACCAUUAAAAUCAUGAGACUGCCUUAUCAUUCAUUUAAAAUUCUCACAACUAUGCUGAUUCGUAAAACAUUUUAUUUUACAGGGGGCUUACUCCCUAAUUCGAUUCGAAAGGAAAUCGAUUCGAAUUACAAUGUAUUUAGCACAGAAUUUCGAACAUUUUCGUUUUCGGAUUGAGUUAUGCAGUAACCGCUCAAAUAAAACUGCCCAAACAAGAUUUUGGUUUUCAAAACGACAAAAGCAGAAAUUUUGCUACAUUUCCAAUUGUAUUUUCGAAAAAAAUGUGUAAAAUUUCCAUUUAUUACAUAACAAAUGUAAUUUUCUGGUAAAAAUUCCAUCGGAAAACAUUAAAAAAAUAAUUUGAAAUUUUUGAAAUUGGAAAUUUCAAAAGUUUUAAAUCAAAUGCAAUUGGAAGGAAAUCUAUUAAAUCUUUAAUUUUUCCUUAAAUUUUUAAUAGAACAUUAGUAAAUAUUUUACACAGCAUUUGGAAAACCCAAUAAUUGAAUAUAUUUUUAAUUAUUCUUAUGCCUAGAAACGUUGUAUAUACCCGAAAUUUUAACGAUUAUCAUAUACUACACUAAUUGUCUUUAGUAUAAAUAUCUAAUUAUUCAUUAAAUUUAAUAUAAACACAUAUAUUAUAUACAUAUAACUUCUAAAACUAUAUAAAUUAACCAUAUUUAAUUGAAUUUUGUAAUGUUUAAAGAAAAAUAUGCUGUAUUUAAUGUGAUAGAUCAUAUUAAAUACCAGUGUAUUCAUUACAGUAAUUAAUUCAAUUAUUAUUUUAUUAUUAUUUUUUUCACUAAUACAAAUAUUUACUUAUAUAUAUUCUACAUAUAAAUAUGGAUUUGGGUUUUAUUUUAUAUAUACAUAUAUGUAAUACAAAAUACGAUAAAUAAAAAAAAUCGAAUUUCGAAA